CGCCCCUGGCGACGGCGCCGCGGGGCGGCCGUGCCCGGCCAUGAGGCUGACGCGGGCGGCCGUGCUUGCGCGAUCGAAAGCCGCCGCGCUCGACGGUGUCCGCCGCCUGAACUGCUGGGGCAGCCACCUGACCGAUAUAUCGAUAUGCCGGGAUUUGCCCAACAUCGAGGUGAUCACGUUCAGCGUGAAUGGCAUCUCCGACCUCGAGCCACUGAACCAGUGCCAGAAUCUGAGUGAACUCUAUCUGAGGAAGAACAACAUUGCAAGCCUAAAUGAGCUCUUCUACCUCAAAAGCCUGCCCCGGCUGAGGGUUCUGUGGCUGUCAGAAAAUCCCUGUUGUGGCUCAGACCCCCACCGCUACCGGAUGACGGUGUUGCGUAACCUACCCGGCCUGCAGAAGCUUGAUAACCAAGCUGUGACGGAGGAAGAACUGUCCCAGGCGCUGGUGGAUGGUGAGGAGAUCACAGCUCCACCAGCUAGGAGGAACGUGGAGAAUGGCUGCCCUGAAUCCAGUGCAGCUGAGUCCACAACAGAGACUGAGCGUGAACUGCUGAACUUCAGUCUGGAGGAGACAAACAAAAUCCGAGAGGAGCUCGGCAUGAAGCCUCUUCCCAGGGAUAAGUUUUCAUCCUUUUCACCUCGAGAGACAGACUGCAACAGAAAGAAGAGGAACAAUGUCCUGAAUGCCAUCCUGCUUCUCACGAAGGAACUGGACACUGAGGGUCUGGAGAUUGUUCAGCAGACAGUGGGGAGGAGGCUCCAGGCCGUUCGGAAGAAGGAGCUGCAGGAGGAGUGACAGUGCCCAUUACAAACCUCUCUGGAGCACCAGCCAGCCCCAGGGUGCUGCUCUGCCUGCACAUGCCCGGGUGCAGCCAAAGCCUCCAUGCUUCCUGCUCUAUUUCCCCUUCAGUGGAGCUGGGACUGGGUGCUGCUGGCUGCCCCUGUAGCUCCUGACAUGGUCCCGUCGUGCGGGGGCUGGCAGUGCCUGCCCUGGCUCUCUGGAGCUUUCCUGCUCGCCUAGCAGGCUCCGUUAACCUUUGUGGCUGGGGUGGUUUGGGGGCAGCAGUCGGUGCAGCGGGAGAGAGGAGGGACGUUGCUGUGUGAUCAAAAGGGAUGGCAGAGCCUGCUGGUGGCUAAAAAGGUCACUGCUGCUCGGUGCCUCCCUGCCGGGCCAGCUCUGUGUGAAGCAGACUCCGAAGGCAGUUUCUACCACAAGAAUUGGCUUUUGUGAAGUCUCUCAGGGAGAUGCUGCCUGGAAUGAUCGCUGAGAGCCGCCUGGUGCAGAUUGAGAAGGACAAAUGUCUACUUUUUAUUUCUCUUCAGCUCCUGACUUCCCCAGGUCCCCAUUAGCACAUGUAGCAUCUGACUUGGCAGUCAGGCAGCCCAGAGAAGAGCUCGGUGCAGCCUGAGACAGAACUUUCUCUUUGCCACAUUCUGAACGCUCAGCUGUGCUCUUACCCCCACAUGCCCCUGCAGGUAUUAGAGCAGCUUAAGGAGCAGUCAGGUCAGAGUUAGAAGCUGUUGUGCUUUCUGCAGUCAGGGGAGGAAAACAAUCCAAGCCUUACUGCCCAGUUUGCACAGGCAGCUGCAUCUACCCAGGUUUGAUAGAGAGCUGUUAAAUACAAACUAAAAACCCUGCGACACACCCAAUAAAACAAAUUAUCCCUCCAGGA